AUGAAUUAUUCUAAUAUAAAUGACGAUACUAAUUAUUGUUGUAUAGUGAAUAGAAGAAGAAAUUCAGAAUCUUUUUUUGCAAAUCAUGUUAUAGAUGAUGAAGUAAUAUAUUAUUUUAUUUAGGGUGAUGUAUUAAAUACUAAUGGAGUGCUAUUAUAAUUAUAUAAAGGUGGUUUGGAUAUUGAAGUUAUUAAAACUAAUUUAGAAAAGGUGAGAUUGAAUCCAAACUGGUUGAGUUAAAAAAGAGAUGAUUUGGAAUAUUAUAUACCAUAAUUUAUCAAUUAUUUGGUAUUUAGAGAUAAUCAUAAAGAAUUAAUAAAUUUCCUAAUAAAUGUAUGUUAAAAUAACUUUUUUUUUGCUCAUUUGACAUACUUUUAAUUAAAAUCCUUAUCAUAAAUUGUUAAUAAAAAGGUCAUAAAUUUAAAAGAAGUAAUCAAAUUUUUGGAUCUAUAUACUAAUUUAAUGAAAAAACAAUAUGGAGAUGAAUAUUUAAUAAAUGGAUAAGAAUUUGUUUCUCAUAAUCCUUAUAAAGAAGUCAUUUAAAUUUAUGGAACUGCAGGAUAUGAUUAAUCAACACCUAAACUUAAUGCUUCUGAAAUUAAUAUAUAAUAAUACACUUCAAUAAAUGGAGAUGAAUAAACUAAUGAAUUAAAUUCAGGAUUCUCUUCUACUAUCAAUUUCUGGAAUGAUAUAAUACGUAUAUCUGAAAGGUAUAUUAAAUAUUUAAUUAGACUUUAUCUAGCUUAUCCAUAAAUAAUAUCUUUAAAGGCAGAUCUACAAAGAAUUAAUCAGAAUCUACCAUCUUCUGUAUACAUACCUUUUGUUAAAGAUUAAAUAAGAAAUUAUGUAGUCUUAAAUAUAGUAGCAUCAGAAAGCAAAGUAUUUUCUACCAAAGAAAGAUCACCUUUCUAUAUUUGUCUAGAAAUAUACAGACCUGAUGUUGAAAAGGAUUAGCAGAAUGAUUUGAAAUAAUCAGAAGCAAUUACUCUACAUAAAUCAUUUCUCUAAUAGAAAAUGUCAAUAAAUGGGUCUAUUCAUGUUGAUUAAGCAAAAUGUAUUUGAUAAAUUUAUGAUUAGAUCCAAAUGUUCAUAAUAUCUCAGUAUAAUAACCUCUAUAAAUUAUUGAUGAAGAUAUAAUUGAUGAAACACCAACUGUAUAAUUUUAUUGUCCUGAUAAUGAUGAAGAUGUUGUAUAAAAGAGUGUUUAUUAAUCAUUUUAAAAAGAAAAUAAUGAAGAUUUUGUAAGUGUUGCCAGUUCAUUUAUAAAUGAAAUAAAAUAAAAAAGUAUCCUACUUGGAGAGGAUGGACAAUAUUUAUUUGGGGAAUCAGCAAAAGAUUAGGAGUAAAGAAUUAAGGAAUAAUCUCUAUUUGGUAAUCUUAAAUCCUGGCGAUUGGUUCAUCUUAUUGUGAAAUCAGGUGAUAAUUUAAAAUAGGAGUAGUUUGCUAUGCAACUUUUAUCAACUAUAGAUUAAAUCUUUAGUAUUGAAGAUCUACCUAUGAGAUUAUCAAUUUAUGAAGUAAUAUCCUUGGGACCCAAUUAUGGAUUAAUUGAAAUGGUGAAAGAUGCUAUUACAAUUGAUUCAUUAAAACGAUAGUUAUGGAAUAGAUAAUAAACAUUAGCCUAAUUCUUCGAGUAAUCAGUAUAUCUGUUCGAUUAUUAGUGAUAACUUUAGUGAUCGUCAUCGAACCAAUUUCCUGCAUAGCUUAGUUGGAUAUUCUCUUGCCUGCUAUAUUCUAUAACUUAAAGAUAGACACAAUGGGAAUAUAUUAUUAAAAAGAGAUGGCCAUUUAGUUCAUAUAGAUUUUGGAUUUUUUUUGGGAAAUGCACCAGGAAAGGGAAUCGAAAUUGAAAAUAAAGUUCCAUUUAAGUUAUUAAGUGAAUAUAUAGAAAUACUUGGUGGAGUUUAAAGUGAUUUAUUUAAAAAAUUCAGAGAACUAUUUUAUAAAGGUUUCAUGGCUCUUAGAAAACAUAGUGAUAGAAUAUUAUUACUUGUAAAAAUGAUGUAAUUAAUUAUAAAUUAAUUUUAUAGGUAUUCUGGACAAAAGAAUUAUAUGCCUUGUUUUAAAAGAGGAGAUAAAUCUAUAACUCAAUUAGAAGAAAGAUUUUUUUAAUAUGAAGAUAAUACAAAUCUAAAUAUAAUCUGUUAAAAGUAGAAUCUCUUAAAUUAUAUUCUAGCAUCAUUAAUUCAUCUAUAGAUAAUUGGAGAGCUAAAUGGUAUGAUAAAUAUCAAUAUUUUGUUUAAGGUAUCUUUUAUUGA